GCGGUCGCGGCGCGGCGGCGCUCCAUGGAACCGCGGCGGCGGCGGCGGCGUCGUCACCGCGAGGCUCGAAAACAACGAGGAACGCGCGGCGCCUCCGCCGCCCCCCCCGUCGCCGCGUCCCCGGGAGCCCGUCCCCGACGCCCGGCGCGGGUAGAAGCGCCCUGCCGCGCGGCGCCACGUGGAGACGAGAAAGACGACGACGAGGAGGAGGAGGACGAGGAGAGGGGAGGAGGGAGGCAGUCGUCGCCUUACGCCGCCUCUCGCUUUUAGCCGCUGCCUAAACUAACCUCAAACCAAGACCCGUCUUCGCUGGACAUCGACCGCAGCAGCAGCGUGGAGGAGGAGGAGCAGGAGGAAGGGAUGGCGGAGGCCGAUGGGGAGCAGCUGGAGGGGGUGGAGAUCGACCCGGAGUUCGAGCCACAGACGCGGCAGCGUUCGUGCACGUGGCCGCGCCUGCCGGGCAAGGAGGCGUCCCUGCCUCCCGACGGGGCCCCCACGCCGCCGGCCGACGGUUUCGCAGAGCACAUGGGGGGUCCCGAGUUGUGUGGGGGUCAGAUACCGGGGGGGCUCGAGAGCCCUCCGGGUCCAUCACUGGGCAGCCCGGUGCCCUGCUCCUCCACUGGCAGCAGCGGCGGCGGAGGAGGCGGCGGCGGCGGCGUGACGCCCAAGAAGACCUCGUCGUCUUCGUCGCGACGCAACCCGUGGGGGAGCCUGUCGUACGCGGACCUCAUCACGCAGGCCAUCGAGAGCACGGCCGACAAGCGCAUGACGCUGGCGCAGAUCUACGAGUGGAUGGUGCGGUGUGUGCCCUACUUUAAGGACAAGGGCGACAACAACAGCUCGGCCGGGUGGAAGAACUCGAUCCGGCACAACCUGUCGCUGCACAGCCGCUUCAUCCGCGUGCAGAACGACGACACGGGCAAGAGUUCCUGGUGGAUGCUCAACCCUGAGGGCGGCAAGGGCGGAAAGUCGCCCCGGCGCCGCGCCGCCUCGAUGGAAAACACCAACAAGCUGGCCAAGGUCAGGGCCAAGGCGGUGAAGAAGAAGGCCGCCCAGCAGGCUGCCAUGACCGAAGGCCGCGCGGACAGCCCCAGCUGCUGGCCCACCUCAUCCCCGUCGCACACCAGUGAGGAUUUCGAGCCCUGGGCCAGCUACCGGACGCGCACGGGCUCUAAUGCGAGCACGGUGAGCGGCCGCGUGUCGCCCGUGCGCCUUGCACUCGAGUUCGAGGAGGUGGCGGACGGGGAUGGGGUCGGCGGCGGGGGGGGCGUUCCUUCUGCCGCACCGGGGAUGUUCUCCGAGGCGCUCAGCAAACCCUUUCCCACUGACCUGCCCUGCAUCACCGACCUGGCCGGCACCAUGAACAUCAACGACCACCACCUGCGCGCGCCACAACCCGACAAGAUGCUGCCGAUGGGCGUGGGCGGCGAGCACCCCCGCUCCACCAGCCUCAUGGAGGAGCUGCUGGAGGACAUCAGCAUGGCGGGCGGCGCUAGCGCCGGCCAUCACGCCCAGCCUCCCCCGGGACCCGGCUUCACCUUCCCGGGGCCUUCGGACGGCUACGGAAACUCGCUGUUCCGCCCGUCGGUCGCCGGAUUGCAGCCGUGGAGACCCUCACCCAUGGAGACGAUCCAGGAGAACAACCCCACCUUUCCACCGCAAAUGGCUCAGUUCGGCUCCUCGCAGACUUUCCGCGACCUGCUCGACUCGGACUCGCUGCCCAACGAGGGCGACUACUCGCUCGGGCAGGCGGCGGGGGGGGCGGCGGUGCAGCAGGGGGUUGGACCCCAGCAGCAGCAGCCCCCCUCCGGGCUCCGUCAACACGCUGCGGCUGCCACCGCCCCUGGCUUUGCGCAGCGCGGUUUUGCCGUGCCCAAAUGCAUGAAGCAGCCGAAAAUGACAUCGCCUCCGCAGCCGCACAUGAUCGCGCUCAAGCAGUCGCCCCCCGAUAUGGUUCGCGUCUCGAGCCUCAAGGCUUCGCACGACGCAGCAGGACCUGGGGGGCCACAGGGGGACGGGCCUCCAGUCAGUGCCCAGGAAAGGUUCCCGGCCGACCUGGACCUGGACAUGUUCGACAGCAACCUGGAGUGCGACAUCGAGUCCAUCAUCCGCAACGACCUGCUGGAUGCAGACAGCCUCGACUUCAGCUUCGAUUCAGUGCUGGCGAACCAGCCCACCAGCCGUGCCAUGUGAGGCCCAACGCUUCUCCACGCCCUGGCCACACCAGAGAGGGAACCGCAUGCCUUCACCGCACCGGCCGCAGCGCAGGGGAUCCGACGGUGACCCGCCCAGGAGCUACACGCCGGGCCGACCCGUUCACAGCUGUGGGUUUGCAUCCGAGUCGCAACCGGCCCCGCAGCCUCCGCUCACAGUGCGGGAGCAAAGGCCUCACCGCAGCCGUGAGGGCAGUGGCUGUGUGGGGCCGUGGCUCAGCAGGCGGCGUGGAGCCCGAAAUCCAGAGCCUUUGGGCCAUUUCCCAAAUGAAGGAAUGGGGGCAGAGGCUGGGUUCGCUCGGUUGUCUCCCCCAGGAUUCCGGACGGAAGCGGGUGAGAAGGCUGGCAGCGUGCAGCUACAAACAUCCAAACUAUACAACAGCAUUGUCAAGGACGAUUCUAUUUCAUUAACAAAGCAAUUCGAGUCUGUGGCCACAGUGUAAAUAAUAGUUCGAAUGACCUUUAGCAUUGUCGAUGAUAGGAGCUGUUGAGCUGUUUGUGAUAACAGUGGAGUGCCUUCAUUAUAGACAUUUUUUUACCAGUUUAGAUGGAAAAGUUUAAUCCAAAUCUUUCAGUUGCCAGAGCUGGCCAGCUGCCAGCGUGGAGUGGAUGUCAUCAUGUGUCACUCGCCUGACGCAAGUGCUUUGUUGAGAUCACGCAAGUGCCAUAGGAGUCGGUGCCGAUUCAUGCCUUAAUCUGUGCCUCUUCAGCCACACACUCUUUAGGCCUUUCAAUGAAACCAGUUGCAGCAUGGCCGGGAAACCAGGAAGCUGAUACAAAAGCCAUCACGUGAGACACGUCUCAAUUGUACUGUACAGUGUGUGCACAGGUGUGCGGAUAAACACCUGAAUAGUUUUAAAAAUGUAUGUAUGUUUGCGAUAGAUGCUGAAAAUUAUAUAGCUAUUACUAUAUUAAUAGUAAAUAUUUUUAACGUGCUGUUUUCGAAGAAGUGGCCCCAAAGCAAUAUGUCCUUGUUGUGACGCUAGAUCAAUUGAAUUUAUUUGGGAGAGGUGUUAUUUUGGUGUUGGUGCUAGGAGAGGUUGCGCCCGCCAUCGCCUGCCCAAGCUGCAGCUUCGGCAUCUCGUGAGCGGCAGGGCUGUUGCGGUGGCGUGCCCAGGAUGCAGGGUUACGGAUCAGGCACGCGUGCGCUUUUUAAUUACUUAACGCCCUUAGAGAUAGCCAAUCAUUUUUACUGGGACUCGCUUUACUAUUUAGAGCAUUUAACCAAUAUUAAUAUCUCUUAUUUUGGUCACUAAUUCGCCAUGAUGAACAGAGGCCGCUGUGUAGUGGUGGUGGGUGCCGGUGGCCGGGCGGUGGCUGGGCAAGUGACCGAUGGAGCGGCCCUGCCCGUGUCGUCCUGCAGUCUCCCCCGCCCGCGUGGUGCCACAAACCAUGUACUGCAUUCGUGACCGCUGCAGCAGCAGUAUUUUAGUGUACGCAACAUAUCGCACCUCUGUAGAGUUUGCACACUUUACCUCGGCGUGAUUUCUAGAGAAACUGGAGAAUAGCGGCGGUGUAAGGGGGGGUGGGCGGUGGCCGAGCGGGCAAAACAACGAUCACCACGGCGGCGGUGUCGUAACGUCGCCGAGCCUGGGCUGGCCGGACGGAUCCACGGCUCCAUGCCGGUCUCAACAUUGCCAUUCCCCCCGCACCCACGCCACGUUUCCCUGGACGUGGCGACAGUCGAGUUACCGUCCGUGCGGAUUACCACCGCAGCUUUUACGAGGGCCGUAACAGAUUUCCAUCCCCUCCCCGAUGACCGCUGAUUCUACAAAUUGUUACAAUUCAGGGCUGUGGUUCAAGAGUUGGUUUGUUCUGGGGAUCUUUGGUGUCUCGUUUGUGUUUGAUCGUUUCUUUCAAUUUUGUGUGUACAGUUUUGUUACGUUCGCUUAAAUAUGACAAUAGUAUAACAAUUAUAAUUUUCAUAGCAAUUAUAGAUUUUAAUCGAUGAAUUGAUGCAUCGUUACAUGCCUACAAUUGCGGGGUGUCUUGGAACAACGUGAUAACCCACAACAUCUCUUGGUAGAGAAAGUAGUUGUUGAGAGGUGGAUGAAGUUGAUCAAACAAAUUAUUAGGUUCUUUGUGCAGCCAUCUGUGGAUAUGAUAAAAAAAUGAAUUUUAAUCCAAAAAAUGGAUUGUAAAGUGUUCCAGUGACACUAGCGCGAGUUCUAUUGACUAUAUAUGCGGGUUAUUAAGUUCUUCUAGGACACCCCUCAAUUUACCAUUUGAAUGGUACAGUGUGUCCUCGAAAUAAUAUGGGUGGAUAGACCGUGUCCUGUCGUGAAUAUUUUUGGAGGCCCCUAAAAACUGAAAAACGGAACUUGAAAAUCGCGCUGCCAAAGUUCAAAAACUGAACGGCGCGCAGAGCAACGCUUCCUUGUGGUCAGUUUCAUCUCCACGCAGACGCAUCGUGCGCCAGGCAGUCUUGAUUUCGUACCAUACUGCACAGUAAUUGCUGUACUAUUCAUUCUUUUGGUUUGCUUUUUUUUUAAACCAUUUUGCUUGUUUCAUUUAUGAUAUAGAAGGCAGUAUCGACAACAUUAAAACUUGGGCUAAAUUUGGUGUUCAUUGAAAUAACAAUUUUUUUUGGAACAGUGAUAACCAAAGCAGUCUGGGGCCACCACACAUUGUGAAGUUUGUUCAGAUAAGCAACUGAACCGACAUGGCUCUGAGAUUGCCUUCAUCCAUCAAUGGAAGGACAGAUGUUUGUUAAAAAAAAAGGAGUCCAUAAUUUCGUCUUCAUGGUAGUAAUGGGGGUGUGUCAAGAAAGCAGAUAUGCUGGGGAACGCCACCCCUGAAUAAGCCCAGUUUUUGGAGGACACAUUGCAGGAACGACCGACGGGAGGAUUCCUUCAGUUGCCUCCACGGAGGCGGUGCAGGCAUUGGCUGAGCCGGCCGGAACACUAAUGAGACACAAAUGGAAUCGUUUGAGCCAAUAACCGUGCGGCGGGAACAGCGCGGGCGGGAAGCGGAACAUACGGUGACGUGCCUGUUGUGGGGGUUCAGGGGGUAGGCGAGCGGUUUAAAGUCUCGCGAGGCUUGUGGUCUUAACUGAGCUAGUUUGUGUCAAAAUAUCGGGUUUUAUUGUGUAAUCUCGUACUAAGACAAUCUGUGAGUAAUGCAACUAUUUUGUAAUGAGCUGAUUUUUUUUAAAGAUGUAAUUUUGUAAGUAAAGCUUUGCUACAAAGUAUGUUCAUAGACAAUCGUGUAAAGAAUUUAUACUGUAGUGUGGGGUUUGCUGUGGAUCCGGGCGCACUGACCCAGGAGCUCUUGGCCUGGAGCCCAGGAAACCACAGCUGCAGAAACUUAACAGUUAACACUACAGUGGUGACAUCUGCAUCGCGAUGACGAUGACAUCUCUAUGGUGGUAACAUCACGAGAUGUGACGUCACCACGGUGGUGACAUCGCUGCAGUGAUGUUUAUAGCACCACUGUCGGCAUCACACAUGGCGACGUCACUUGGAGGUGACACCUGCACAGUGGUGACAUCACUCUUGUGAUGACAUCAUGACUAACGUCAGUGGUGACGCCACUAGUGGCACCAUCACUGUGGUGACACUAUGCACAGUGGUGUCUCCACUGUCACAGGUGGCACCACUGCUGCUGUAGUGUGUGGAGGCAGCACGGUGCAUGUCCCCAUGCGGGGCCGGAUGUCUGCAGGGGUGGGGGGGGUAGAGGCCAUUCCUUCCGCCUGGGCAGCGGUGGCCAUUGCAGUUUCACUUAAGUUGGGCCUAACAGGGAGGCGGAGGAGGGGAGACCAUGCACAUUCAAACUCCCUAAACCAGCCCAGCUCUCGCCUACAUUAUGGGUGUGGGCGGUUGGGUUCCCACCCGCGGUGCAUCUGAGAAGUUCUCCAAUCUCCCGCCUGGUUGGGAAAGCCAGGCUGGCAGCAUAGCGGCUGUUUCUCCUAUUUACGUGCGGUUACUUUAGAAUGGGGUUGUUAUUCGGUCAUUGAUUUUUUUUUUUCCAAUUCAUUUACGAAAUACAUUUUUGCGUCUGAAAAUCGUGGACUCGAUAAUAAUCGAAUCCAGUCCAACUUUGGUUACAAAUCGAGCCAAUUGACUAGCAAACUACGUUCAAGCCGUACGGCAACCCAUUCUAUACACGGAAUGUAGAAAACAAUCUUACAGCCCUGUCACAGUCCACCGAUGGAUGAAUUACUCGCCACACCUUGUCAGUCAUGGGGCUCAUUUGACCAUACUUCACCAUGCUGGCCAGUGCGAGCUGG